AAAUAAUCUGAGUAUUCCUAAUAGCUUCCUGCAAUAAUGAAGAUCCUUGUCUUAGUUUUGUCUCUUGUUUCUAUCGGAUUCGCUGACGACGAGAUCAAUUCCCGGUAUUUCCCCAAAGGCUUCAAGUUCGGCGUCGCAAAUGCUGCCCCCCAGAUCGAGGGAGGCUGGAACGAAGACGGCAAAACCGAAAGCAUCUGGGAUUAUUACGCCCACACCUAUCCAGAGAAGAUUGUCGAUCGCUCCACUCCAGAUAUCGCUUGCGAUUCCUACCACAAAUACAAGGAAGACGUGGCCAUGGUGAAAGCCAUGGGUGUGGACUAUUACCGUCUGUCCAUCGCCUGGACCAGAAUCCUACCCACGGGAUACCCCGACAAGGUAAACCAAGCCGGCGUGCAAUACUACAAGAACUUGUUCGCCGAACUGAAAGCUGCCAACGUGGAGCCCAUGGUGACGCUUUACCACUGGGAUCUUCCUCAGUCCUUGGAGGAGCAGCUCGGAGGUUGGCUGAACGAGACUGUGUCGGAUCUCUUCGCGGAAUACGCGAGGUUGUGCUUCGAACUGUUUAAAGAUGACGUGAAGAUGUGGAUCACUAUCAACGAACCGAAACAGGUCUGUUCUGCGGGGUACGGUGCUGGAUAUUACGCUCCUGGAGUAGUUUCCAGUGGAAUUGGAGAGUACAUUUGCGCGAAGAAUGUGAUAAUGGCCCACGCCAAGGCUUACCACAUCUACGACGACGAAUUUAGGGCCACCAAUCAAGGAAGAAUUGCGAUGGUCGUCGACUCGUUAUGGUUUGAACCUGGAAGUGACAGUGCAGAAGAUCAAGAAGCGUCGGAAAGAGUCCUCCAAUUCGGGAUCGGCCUUUACGCCAACCCGAUGUUCAUCGGCAAUUGGCCUCAGGUGGUGAUAGACAGAGUCGCACAACGCAGCGAAUUGGAAGGAUUCUCUACUUCCCGCCUCCCCGCCUUCACCGACGAGGAAAUCGCUUAUGUCAAGGGUACCUGUGAUUACCUGGCAUUGAACCAUUACGCUACCAAUAUGGUGAACGCUACCGCGGACGCGCCCAUUGGUAAUCCAAGUAAUGGGAACGACAUAAGCGUCUUGACCUGGAAAAAGCCGGAAUGGCCUGUCGGAGCUGGCGAUUGGUUUGGCGUUGUUCCGUGGGGUUUGAGACACCUUCUUGUGUGGUUGAAGAAGACUUAUGGUGAUGUUGAAAUCAUCAUUACAGAAAACGGCCUUUCCGAUACCACCGGAAUAAUGGAAGACGAUCACAGAAUAUCAUACUACCAGGGCUAUUUGAGCGCUUGCUUGGACGCCAUCUACGAGGACGGAGUCAACUUGUCCACCUACACGGCUUGGAGUAUUAUCGAUGAUUGGGAAUGGACUGGAGGAUACACUGCAUUCUUGGGCAUGUACUACGUCAACUUCACGGAUCCAGAGAGAACCAGGAUUCCAAGAAAGUCUGCUAGUUGGUUCACAAACAUGGUCGCCACGCGUUGUCUGGUAGACACUUGUACAGAAUAAAAAGUCACAUUUACUUAUACUCUAGUGCACAGUUGUAAAUAAAAAUGUUCAUAUAUUUAAAA